UUAGCUGUUGGAUGUGGGUCUACGUCAGAACGAGAAGCAGACCAGAUGAGGCAAGAACAAGAGGUGACUUCCGGUAGUCCAAAAAAGGUAGUGCUGGCACUGAAUAAUUACGGAGUGGAGCAGCAGAAAUGGACCCUAAAGAUGAACAUGCAACAGAGAGUUCUGAUGAUGCACAAAAUUAUCUUGUGCAAGAUCAACAGUCAAGAAAGUGAAUAG